CCGCCACCACUGCACUUCUACUUCCCUUUCUCCGUAUCCAUUCCCUUCAACAACGAUCGCAUAAGCAACAUGCAAGUCGAUAUCAAGCACCUCAAGUCGGGUGAGGUCAACCUCGGUACUUCUAUCAUGGCCGUCCAGUUCUCGGACGGCGUCGUGAUCGGCGCAGACUCGCGUACGACGACAGGCAGCUACAUUACGAACCGAGUGACCGACAAGCUCACACACGUCCAUGAUCGCAUUUACUGUUGUCGAUCAGGCUCAGCAGCCGACACUCAGGCUGUUGCAGAUGCCGUGCAUUACAACCUCCAGAUGAUAACACAACAAUUCGGUCAUCCGCCCUCGGUAUCUGUGGCUGCCAACGUCUUCCAACGGAUCUGCUAUGAAAACAAGGAUGCGCUAUCGGCUGGUAUUAUCGUAGCGGGCUGGGAUAAAGAAGAAGGCCCUAGCGUGUAUAACAUUCCUCUUGGCGGAGGUCUCUUCCGUCAGCCUUGGGCAAUUGGAGGCUCUGGCUCGACAUACGUCUACGGCUACUGCGAUGCUACCUACCAGGACGGCUGGAACAGGGACCAGACAGUAGAAUUUGUCAAGAAUACACUCGCCCUUGCCAUGUCUCGAGAUGGUUCCUCCGGCGGUGUCAUUCGUAUGUGCGUCAUAACGAGAGAAGGCGUGGAAAGAGUCUUCAUCCCAGGAAAUGAGUUGCCAAGAUUCUGGGAAGGUGACGAGGUGCUCGUGAAGAAAGCGUCGGCGCCGCCUGCUGGAACGGCCAUGGAGGUGGAAUAAGCGAGUGUAUGAUUAACGACUGUGUACAAUGGACUAAAUUUCAUGCGUCUGAGCAUUUAUGAGGUGGGUGCGAGGAUGGAAAACCUAUGAUGGCAGGGCUUUAGGCAUGAGAAUCUUCCAACCCCCGGCAGAUGUCUUCUUAGUCUUCUUGUCCCAACCACUACCUUCCCAAAGGCGGAUUCUCCAGAGUGCAAUUGCAAGAGGGACAGUAUCGGCUCUUAGGAUAGUGUUCGCGUCAGAGAAGAUAAUGUAAGCAUGGCUACCUUUCUGAUCCCCUCUUGCCCAACGGUCUACUUUCGGAUUUUGUUCUUUGCUGUCGUUGGGAUGAUCUGGCCGCCCAUGCUCACGCCACCGAGCGUUCCGUUCGACGUCCAAGAGCCGGUUCAACGCUUUGUGCAACGCUGCUCGUUGCACGCGUGAAGGAAAAGUAGCAAGUCCGUGAUACAACGGUAUUUUGGCCGACGGAAGGUAUUGGUGGGUUUUGACGAGGGAAUCUACAGCCCGAUGCUUGCCAAAAGUGGUAGGGUGCAUGGUGCAUACCGGUGGCAGCGGUUUGUCGGGUAUAAACCUGCCGUCCUCCUGGACGGGCUGAGGAGAAUCAGAUGGCGUCGGCCGUUGCCUCGUCUCCGGAUUCUUGUUCAAUGGUGGGACCACGAUGAUGGCGACAGCGUUCUCGUAGGGAACGAUACCACUCCCCUUUAUCUGCUUCCAUUCCGCACGUGUCAGUCGUCGUAUGGCAGGGGAUUCUCCGGCGUGGCGAGGUCUGGUCUGCAGCCGCUGUGCAAGAAGUUCCAGCUCUUGUAAGACGCGGACCCGAAGGACGUGGCUCAUCCGUGCCUCGAAGUAGGGUGCGUUAAAUAUCAAAUUUUUCGCAAAUUUGCGCCAAGUUUGGCGUUCUUCGAAGUCUUUGAGGACCGCCUUGUUACAUACCAGAUAAUGCCCUAGCCGACCUAUUCGGCUUCGGUACCGUGGAUGCUCCAUGAGGUCUGGGACAAAGAGUUGAGCUUCCUGCGCGGCACGAGGACCCUGGGUAUAUACGACCGUGAAUCUGACCAUGAAGUCUCUCGGUACGAUCUUGUGUGACAUGG